AGAGUAUCAGCGGUGGUACCUGUUCGCUUCGUAUUCGUAUUCGUAAGUACUACCAGAAACCUCGACGGUACUGCUAAGUCUACCGUAAAGUGAUCUCGCGUGAAUUCAGGUGCGCUUGUGCUAUUUUCAGUGUUUUUGUGUGUUAAUGGAUGUUCUCAGUUUCUGUUAUCGCUAGAACUAAGAGGAAAUAGUAGAAAUUCACAAUGAAACUGCCGUUCCUACUCUUCCUCAUCUGCUCAACGCAAGCACUGCCCGACGGAGCCCCGUCCUCAGCAUGUAACUCCCUCACACCCUUCCACGGGGGUGGACUGGCAGCUCAAAAAGGACCUCCACAGUACUCCAUCGUAUCUCGACUGCAGAACGACGUAGUUCAACUCACCGUGGGCUCCACACUAGGUCUCAAAUUCCAGGGAUUCUUAAUCCAAGGCCGAACGCCGAACGGAGAAAUAGUGGGGACAUUCCAAUUGCCAGGAGGUACACCAGCACAUACCCUCGACUGUAGGGAGGCUGCAGAUUCCGUUACGCACAACAAUCCGAGUCCGAAAGACCAUUUGGAUCUCAUUUGGGUGCCACCUGUAGGAUAUGAGGGACCUAUUGUUUUCAAUUCAACUAUAGCUCAAGACUACAGUACCUUCUGGGUGGGCAUCCAAUCCCAACCGGUCCAGAUCCGUAAAAGAUCCGUUCCUGCCGACUCAUUCUACAGCGGUUGUGGAGUUACCAAAUAUUGUUAUGGGGCCCCCAUCGAUUGCGUAAGCAGUCAAAACUGCAAGGUGGCUGUCGCAAUCACUUCCGUUGGAGACGCUUUCGACUUUGAGAUGAAAGCCAACGGGAACCCGGUCUGGAUGGGAGUGGGAUUGUCGGAUGAUGCGAAAAUGGGAGAUGACUCCGUUGUAGAAUGUGUCCAGGAAGAUGGACGGGUCAAUGCGUAUAUGUCUUGGACAGGACGGGCUCCUUUUAGAGCUACAAGAUUGGAAAAUCCCCAAUUGGGAAUUAAUCUUCUCAACGCAAGCGUUAACGGAGAAGAAUUUUAUUGUAAAGUUCGACGAGAUACCGUUACCACUGUCAAAGGAAACGUAUUUGACCUCAGAAAGAAUUCUUUCCACGUCUUAGUUGCCGCCGGAAGUGAACUUAAAACUGGAUCAGUCGGUUUCCACAACCUAGCUUACUACGCCAGCCCUGAUCCCCAAGUCCUUUCGCCCAACUCCCAAACCAUAUUCAAUAGCCGACCAACAAAAAUAGAAACCACCACUCCCCCAUACUUCUCUCCACCUGCAUCCAACGAACAGUCCUUCGAGUACGAUCCUUUCUACAAAGGAUGUGGCAAUGACAAGCUCUGCUUCGGCCAUCCCGGCAAUUGCAUCAAGUCUGGAAACUGCAUGGUUGCCACAGCUGUCAAGGUUACUGGAGAUAAAUAUGAUUUUGAAUUGAAGUCUAGAGUAACUGAAAAAGGAACUCCCAAAUGGGCAGGUGUAGGUUUAUCACUAGACGAUAAAAUGGGAGACGAUUCUGUCAUUGAAUGUGUCAACGACGGCAAUGGAGUGAAAGCUUACAUGUCGUUUACUGCUGCGAGGCCUUACAGCGCAAAAAGAUUGGACAAUCCCCAACUUGGAAUCGAACUUCUUAAUUCAAGUAUUGUUGAUGACACGAUUUAUUGCAAAGUAAGACGAAAUAUAGUUACCAAUGUAAGCGGAAUAACAUUUGACUUGGUGAAUGAAAAGUAUAAUUUGUUAGUUGCAACUGGAUCCGAAAUUACCCCUACAUCUGUAGGCUAUCAUGACCUUGGAUAUGCACCUAGCGCUGAAGCAAUGUCAUUAGCAGAUACGGGAGAAGUCAAAGCAGCUUCCAAGUUGUUAAUAAAACUACACGGAUCCUUUAUGUUGGUUGCAUGGAUAGGAACAGCUUCGCUGGGAAUUAUACUAGCCAGGUACUACAGACAGACAUGGGUUGGAUCUACCUUAAUGGGAAAAGAUAUGUGGUUUGCGAUGCAUCGAUUUUUCAUGGUUUUGACUUGGUUGUUUACAAUGGCAGCUUUUGUACUGAUAUUUGUCGAAUUGAAGGCUUGGUCUCCAAACAAUCCUCACGCUAUUUUAGGUACAGUUACUACGAUUUUAUGCUUCUUCCAACCAAUAGGAGCCUACUUCAGGCCGCAUCCUGGAACGUCAAAAAGACCAAUCUUUAACUGGGCUCAUUGGUUGGUGGGAAAUACGGCGCAUAUUAUAGCGAUUGUUACACUUUUCUUUGCUGUUGGACAGACAAAAGCAGAAUUGCCAGAACAAGUGGAAUACAUUCUUGUGGCAUACGUGGUGGUACACGUAGUGGCACAUUUAUUGUUAUCGCUUUUAUAUUGCGUAUCGGAAAAAUCAUCAGAUAGUAGAGUUUCUUCGUUCCCAAUGAAGGAUCUUGGAGCAGGAGGAAGAAAUUCCCUUUAUAAUGAAAGAAAUCUGGACGCAAGGUUUUCCACCGCAAGAAAGUGCAUAUUAGGUAUAUACAUUGUGAUACUAGUAGUGUUAGUCGUGGGCUUAGUCCUCAUCACAGUCUUGGCUCCCGUCCCAUGGCCAUUUUUAAAAAAGAACUGAACAAUAAAAUUCUUCAACAUGGAGUCAUAAAUUUUAACGAAAUGAAAUCGAAAAGAUUUGCUGAUGGUGCCAGUUUACUGUAGAUAAAUAUUUUUACAAGUAUUUAUAAACCAUAAAUAAAAUGUUACAACUAUUUUCGACUACUAAAUUUUCACAAAAUUUAUUAAAAAAUUGAUGAUUUUUAAUUAUUGUCAAAACAUGUUUACUUAUUUGAACCUUAUUAUUUGAGAAAUAAAUCGUUUAAGAACAAGUCCUUUGUCACCAAAACAGCUCCCAUCAAUUUAUUAACACAUUUUGUGAUAAUUUGGCAAAAAAUAAUUUUAUAAAGUAUCGAUGAAUUAAUGAUUUAUAACGAAUUAAAAAUUAAGAAAAGAUGUUCAAUAAGGGGAUAUUAUGUAUCAACAUUUAUUUCAAACUUCAUAAAUUUUAUGAUAUAUGUAAGAAUGACAAACACAGAUCACCCCAGACGUAUAACUAAAAGUGGCAGAGAGAUAGAACAAGUCCAUGAAUGUAUCUAGUUAGGCCAAAUUCGGAAACUUGACAAAGAGAACCAAAGUGCGGAAAUCACUAGAAAAAACAAGACUAGCCUGAGUAGAAUUUGGAGAACUUAGUUGGGUACUAGAGAACCCAGUUCCAAGAGUUGGGUAAUAGAGAACCAAGAACCGCAACAUAUCCCAAUACUUGCGGAGCCAAGUGUUCAACCAGUCCAUCCUUCCUAUACUGACAUAUGAAUGUCAAACCUGUACUCUCACCAAGGCAAAUAUGAAUAAUCUAGCCACAGUAGAAAGCGAAAUGGAAAGAGCAAUGUUAGAUAUACGCUUCUCAGGUAAAAAGUGAAAGGACUGGAUAAGAUCAAAAACAAAAGUCAAGGAUAUAACAAAAAAAUAAUACCAAACUCAAAUGGAGCUUCGCAGGCUACACUGCGAAACAAAAAGACCAACGUUGGAAAGCCACAAUACAAGUUUGGAGAACUUACGAAAAUAAAAAACCAAGAGGAAGACCACAUGAGGUGGGUUGAUGAUAUUAAAAGAGUAGCCGGAACAAAUUAUAAAUAAGUUGCUCAGGAUAGAGACCGAUGGAAGGAGCUGGGAGAGGCCUAUGUCCAAACGUGGACGAUAGAAUGCUAAGAAGAAUAUUGAAGAAUAUUCUUUUCAUAAUGUUACAUUAACAACAUGUGACCUUAUUUCUCGCCAACUUAACCAGAAUUUAAUCUAGGUCGCUUUCUUUAUGUGAAUAAACCGAGAAGUUGAUCAGAUAAUUGGCUUCUGUAUUGCAGCUGUAUGAGAGAUGUUUUACAAGGUUUUUGCGUGGUCGGAAUUAUAGAUGAAAUUCCGAUUUUUGGAAGAUGAAAGAAAGGAGUGUUUGAUAUCUUAACACUGGACCCCCGUUAACUCCUCUGGGCGGAAUAAUCUGGUUUCAAAACUGAAUUCUUAUCAUCUUUAUCACCGCUACCUGUAAAAUCCAAACUUGAAUGAGUUUGUUGAUGAUUUUUUUCCACGUUUUAAAAUCUAGAGAUUGGUUGGUCCAAGGAACCUGGGAAAAAGGAAAAUACUCGGGCAGUUCCUAAUGUACUCUUCCAAGGAAGCUUUUUCUGGAUUUAUCCAGAAGUUUUGUAUCUUUACUGCCCAACGACCUUCAGAUUGCUACAGGCAUACGCAAGCCAUGUGGUGUCUAAUUUCAUGAAACAUCCUUUCCAACAGUACUGUUUGUGCUCACGGUCUAGUACUCAUUUAUGUAGAUCAGAAAAAUAAACCUUAAGGCCGGCCAUUGGUAAUGUUAUAAGUAUAGCCGAUCCCAUCACCUUUAUAAAGUACACCACUCAUAAUCUAGAGCAUAUAUGUAUACCGAAAAAUGCUUAACCUACUAACAAUAUAUGUCGCUAGUUCCAGCCAUAUUUUUGUUAUCCUACCUGUUGUGUAUUGUUUAUAAAAAAAUGUGAAAGUUUUGCUUUUUUCUCAAUAAAUAUAAGAGCGUUUAUAUCUAAAUUACUUAAGUAUUUAAAUGAAUUUCAUGAUAAAAUUCCGUUUAGCACUACAGUAGAAGUAAUGGAAGGAUAUAACGUUAAAAAAAUGUGAAUUAAUAAAGUACUUUUUGCGUGGUGUACUUUUAAAAUAAAUUUCUGAAAUUAAUAGAAACUGGCAUGUGAAACGUAAAUAUUCGACAUAUAAUACGAAUACAGUAUAGGAAUCUGUAAGAAUCUAAGCUCUGUUAAUGUAGCCAUUAUGUAUAAGAUGGCGCUACGAAAAAUAUUAUAUACAUGUGCAAAAUUCAGGAGCGGUAUGGCCCGUUUGAAACUUUCCUUUGGAAAUUUCGGUACUGUAUUGAGAGUAAUACCGUUUUGAGGGAUGCGGGUGGUUCAUUAUUGCGUACUUGGAAUAAUAUCAGGGCCCCGUAACCGGGCGUGCAACGCGUGCGGCGCACGCGUGCGUAACCCCAAUGGGCGCCAAACCGAAGGAUUGGUAAAUAAGAAAUAUUUAUUUUAAAUGAGAUAAUCAUUUUUUAUAUACAAUUUUAUUUAUUUCAUGAACAGCUAGAGAAAUCUCAAAAAUCAAAUAUUGUGUUAUUACUGAAAAAAUGAUUAUUAUUCCCGUCCUGAAAUGUUGAACGUACUCCGUCUAAAAUAUAUUACAUUUUAUUGUCCCUUCCUAAUUUUUUUCUUUGAAGUAUGUAGAUAGAUUGAAUUACGCUUGCCAUAUGAAAAUCAAACAUCAAAUCACACUCCUUGACGACUAGAAACAUAAAUUAGUACCCAUAACGCAACUUAGCAGUUUUACUCCUAUAAAGUGAAUCUUUUACUCUAAUGAUAAUUACCCUUAAGUAAACACAUACUCUAUGAAUUAUGAUUAUGUAUUUAACUUGGGUAUUACCUUUUCCCUUUUCCCGUAAAAUUAAUAAUGUAUUAAUAAUAAUUAAAAUUAAUAAUUAAUAAAAUUAAUAUGAAACCAUAUGGUUGCUAGUUAUGCAGACACCCUAUAUAAAAUUUGUUUGAAAACUUUGAUAUAACAAAAUAUUAUUGUUUAUUUACUUGAAUGUAUAUUUUUAAUUUAAUACACAGGGUGCUUCAUUCAUGUUGCAAAAAAAUUUAAGGGGAAAGACGCAAAAUGUCGCCUCUCAAAAUUUUCCUGUGUUUUAAAUGUGUUCAUUUUUUUCGAAUACUGAGAAAACUAAUAAGUAUUUUUAAAAAAAAUUAAA